CAGAAGAGGAGACGCCGACAUGAUCCCACUGAGGCUGGUCGCCUUCAGCCUUCUGGCUGCAGCUUGGUAUUUCACUCCUGCUGCUGAGGGGGAGGUCAUCUACGCCUGCCACAACGCAACCGCUGAGAUGUCGUGUGAGGUGGAUCAUAAAAUCAAGCUGGAGCACAUCCUGUAUAAAGUUGGGGUUGGAACGAGGUGUGGCGAGGGAAAACGUCAUCCUGAUGAUGGACCGGACAAUUUUUGCACCUUCCCCUGGGCUGAGAUGGUGGUGGAGGACCUUUGUGCAGGCAAAAGGUCCUGCAAUGUUCCAGUGACUGAAUAUGUGUUUGGCGAGUAUCCCUGUGUGGAGCAGACCAGAUACCUGGAGGUGUCCUACUCCUGCACUCCUCCACCUACCCCUCCUCCACCCAAACCUGAAUGUGAAGACAAAGCAGCUGAUACAGUCUGAUGCUCUUCAUCCAAGCCCUGAUCCUUCACAGCUCCAGUGAGAGGUUCAUCGGACAUGUUUAUGGGAAAGACAUUUCCAUGUCACAGUCCACUCCAGCUGUUCACUAUCAACAGGGAGACACUGAAUGAAACAGACCAACGUUGAAGAAUGACUUUACGUCAAGAAAUUUCCUGUCUGGACUUACCCAUCAAUAAAUGACCUCCUACAUCUG